ACCCCUCUCUCUCUCUCUCACGCACACUUUAUCUCUUUUACUUUUAUUUUUAUUUUUACAAUAUGAGCAAGCUGAAGCCACAAGUUGCUCAGGUGGAAUCUCUGUCAGAAAAGAAUGGUGAUAGCGACAUAAGCUCAAGUAAUAUAGAACAUGUUUCUGGUCUGGACUAUGAUGCCCAAAGGCUCCAGGAAUUUGGUUAUAAGCAAGAGUUUAAGCGUGAGAUCAGUAUGAUCGUUCUUGCAGGCUUUGGAUUUUCUACAAUGGCUGUCUUACCCAACUGGUUGGUUGGAUUUGGUGCCAGUCUGGUAGCCGGUGGUCCUUCUAGUCUGUGGUGGACAUGGAUCACAGUUUCUCCUUUUGUGAUGUGCAUUGGAUUAUCUAUGGCUGAAGUGAUCUCUGCCUAUCCCCUUGCUGGUGGUAUUUAUUCAUGGUGUUACAUGCUAUCAAAUGAAGAAUGGGGACCCUUUACAUCUUGGGUUUCUGGAUAUGUAAAUCUGUCCGGAAUGUUAGCUACAAACAUGACACUCGCUUGGAGUUGUGCAGAUUUUGUCUUUGAAAUUGCAAAUAUCCACUCUGGAGUGGAAAUUUCAUCCCAAGGAGCUCAUGUUGGAUUGUACUGUGGAAUGCUUAUUGCCGGUGCAUUAUACAGCUAUCUUGGUCUUAAGUGUAGCAGUUAUCUCAACGUAUUUAUGAUGUAUUGGGUUCUCUUUGGAACAUUGAUCGUUAUCAUUACUAUACCAGCAAUGUCACCUACUCACACCUCGGGUGAAUGGGUCUUUACAGAGUUUAUCAAUAGAACAGGGUACGACAAUGAUGGAAUGGCUUUUUUGCUCGGUUUACUACAGGCUGGAUGGUGUUUGAUUGGAUAUGGUGCCGGUGCACAAAUUGUUGAAGGUACCAAGAACGCAGACAAAACCGCCCCUCGUGGAAUCAUUAUUUGCGUAGCCGGUUCAAUUAUCCAAGGAGCAGCACUUAUCUUACCAGUGAUGUUCUCUAUCCAAGACGUCGAAGAAUUGAUUGACUCACCUUAUCCCAUUGCUACAUUCUUUGAACGCGCCACCAGCCGUCCGGUUGCUAUAUUCUUCAUGGUUAUAUUGCUAGUCACUCAAUUCGGUGCGCUGUGCAAUAACACAUUUGCUAUGGGCCAGUUGAUCUGGGCUCUAGCUCGUGACAGAUGUAUCCCCCAGGCUAAUUUUUGGUACAGUCUUGACAGCCGUAAGAUCCCCGUACGUGGGCUCAUGCUCCAACUGCUUAUUUGCAUUGUUGCUAUCAUGCCUUCUUUCGGAUCACCCGUGUAUUGGCAAGCUAUUAUGAGCACAGCAGUCAUUUGUGUGAACGUUUCUUACGGACUUCCGUUUGUUUGUCGCUUAAUCUGGAAAAGAAACACCAUGCAAAAAGGUCCAUUUACUCUUGGAAAAUUUAGUAUCCCCUUGAACAUCAUUAGUAUUGUUUGGAUUAUCUUCUUUGCUGUGAUUUUAUGUCUUCCACAAACAUACCCUGUAACACCAGAGACUAUGAACUGGUCUUGUGUUAUGAUCAGCGCUGUAGUAAUCUUUGCUACUGUGUUUUGGUUCGCAGCCGGCCGUUAUACAUACAAAGGCCCCAUGCAGAACAUUGAUACCUAGAUUAUAAGCGAUCUUUACGCUUGAUGUUUAUUUUUAGCUCAUUAUGAGCAGUAUACUACAUGUAAAUAUUUUAUUCUAAUACCUUAAUAAAGAUUCAAGUGAACUCUAAUAG